UCCAGAGAAAAGAUAAAAAAAAACUUGCUAAUAAUGGCUUGCAAGUUUAAUGCCACGUAGUAUAUUAAUCGACCAAUUGUCAUAAUCCAUUCAAAUAAAAUAAUGAUAUGGAUAUUUCUUCUCUUUGUAUUAUAAAAUAAUGAUAUGGAUGUUUCUUCUCUUUGUAUUAAGACUUGGCAAAGACGAGCAAGAUAUCCGGAGACGCGGAAAAUAGAGAGAAGAAAUCAAAAGGUAUAUUAAAAGAAACAAAAGUUCUUGUAUUUAGUCUACAAUGGUGACUCUAAAGCUUGAAAUUUGCAUCGAGUUUCUGAAACUAACCGUUGAUCUCGUCGCCGCCAUGGCAGAAUCAAUCGAAGUAGCUUUCCGUCACCGUCCUCCCCCGCCGGCUCCAUAUUCAGCGGGGGUGAACGGUCGGCGGAGUAAUUACGCGGCCGUUCCCAUUCCUCUCGUAGGGUUUCUGUAAUUAAUUAAUGUAUUCUCCUCUUAUGCUUUUUCUUUCUCUUUGCUCCACUUGUUCUAUCAUUAGUGCCUUCUUGCCUGAUCUACCAAGUGACAGAAGUUGUGAUUCUGUAUGGAAGAUCAAAAACGUAAAGAUCAUGACGAGUUUACAUACUCCGUGAAUAUAUAAAAAAGCUUAGACAUUCCCAAUCAUAUAAUGUAUUAUUGUUUUGUUUUUGUGUAUAUAAUUUGUUCAUUCAUAAGAUCUAUAAAGAAAAGUUGCUGUUAUAUUAUUCAUUUUACAGAACUUGUGUGUCACACUUUCAUGGUGUAUCUGGUUUUGUGGAGGGACCUAUAUUAGGGUGUCUUAUCCGUGUUUGAGUUUUAGGAUUAGUUUGUAUGUGGUCUCCACUGAGUAACGUGA